UAUAUUUAAAUUUCUUUACUCAUUACACAGUAAGACACAAGUUGUUUUUUUUAUCAGUGAUGGGGACUUCCUAAAGAACUGCCUCAUCUCCCUGCCAUCAUCGACUAAAUCUCUGUUCCGCCCCCCCGAAGACUGUUCAAUGUGCGCCGGCGUCGAUGACGUCACGCGCGUCGCCAACAUCUCUGCGCGGGAGUUCGAGGAGCUGUAUGCGUACAACACGGUGCCGGUUAUAGUCACUGAUGCUACUACGGACUGGAAGGCUAUUAAGGAGUUCAACUUCAACUUCUUCCGUGACUUCUAUCGACAAGGCUCGCUGGGACGACAGACUGGCGACUGCUCUUUCUUCGCUUACAACUCGGGGCUGCGAUCGCUGAGCGAGGUGUUCACUAUGGACGAGCGACGAGCGAACUUGUCUGGAGAUCCCUGGUACGUCGGCUGGAGCACUUGCCUCGACGGCGAGACGCGAGCGCUCCGCGAAUACUACUCGCGCCCAUACUUCCUGCCGCGGGCUGCUGAGAGCGACGCGACUGACUGGCUGUUCAUGGGCGGACCUGGACAGGGAGCGCAUAUGCACGUGGACUCUGUGCGCCACGUAUCGUGGCAGGCGCAAGUACGUGGACACAAGCAGUGGCAGCUCGCUCCGCCGCCAGAGUGCCUGUAUCAUUGCCGCUGGAUCACCUUUACUGUCAACCCUGGGGAAAUUCUGGUGGUGGACACGAACCGCUGGUACCACCGCACCACCGUGUUGCCUGGCGAUAUCAGCAUCACUAUCGGAGCCGAAUACGACUGAAUCCUGACUAAUUGAAGCUUAUUUCCACCCGCCCCUCAUCGCAAAUAUCGCAAUACAUAAGGCCGGCAACAGUCUUAAAAUUCAUAAUCCGAAGAAAUCAUAAUCUUGCAAAAAUCAGAUCGAGUGCUCGGAGUUUCAUACAAUGUCGCGACUGUCCGCACACUCUUGUUUUUAAGAUUAUGAAUUUUCAGAUUGAUUUGACAGAUUGCAUACAGUCUUUUUUUAAGAUUAUGAAUUUUA